AUGUUCAAAGGGUUUAGAGCAGCAAGAAGCUUUUACUCAUCAAUGUCUGUAUCACAGAGCCACACGAGAGGAUUGGUUUUGCCCGCCGUGCUAGAAAAGCGUAGGCCCAAGCAAUGCCCCGAGAUUGACUACUCUACCUUGUCGAAUUACAGAAGCUUUCAGGUUCAACAUUCAACACUGGACUUGCAAAUAUCGUUUCAAAACCAGAAAAUAAGUGGUGACGUGCAUUACGACUUGCGCAAUCUGGAUAACUCGUCGCAAAUUCUGCUCGAUACGUCUUUCCUAGAUGUCUUGAGCGUGAGUAUCGACGGAGUUUCUACGGAGUUCGAGGUAGAGCCCAGAAAAGAGCCCCUGGGCUCUCGUCUAGUCGUGCAUUCAGCCAAAAAGCUGCCUGAGCAGUUUCAACUCUCUUGCCAGUUUUCCACCACCGAAAAGUGCACUGCCCUGCAGUGGCUAGAGGGCCACCAGACAUCGGGCAAGCCAUACGUUUUUUCGCAGCUGGAAGCCAUCCACGCGCGUGCUUUGUUCCCCUGUUUCGACACGCCAUCCGCGAAAUCAACUUUCACUGCCAACAUCACGUCGCCUUUACCAACCGUUUUCUCGGGCAUUUCGACCUCCAGGAAAACUUCUGAGGAGAAGACACAGACCAAGGUGGAGACAGACACAAAGACCUACCAUUUCAAGCAAGACAUCCCGAUUCCAGCAUAUUUGAUUGGAAUUGCUUCGGGAGACCUACAGUCUGCGGACGUGGGCCCGCGUUCAAAAGUGUACACAGAGCCCGUUAGACUACAAGAUGCGCAAUGGGAAUUCGAUGGCGAUGUUGAGACAUUCAUACAAGCAGCGGAAAACAUAAUUUACGCGUAUGAGUGGGGCACGUACGAUAUUCUGAUAAACCCUAAUUCGUAUCCUUACGGUGGUAUGGAGUCUCCAAACAUGACUUUCGCCACACCCACGCUAAUCGCACACGAUAAAAGUAACGUGGACGUAAUUGCACACGAGCUCGCUCAUUCGUGGUCUGGUAACCUCGUCACCAACUGUUCAUGGGAUCAUUUCUGGUUAAAUGAAGGCUGGACCGUGUACUUGGAAAGAAGAAUCAUGGGCGCUAUUCACGGGGAAGCCACCCGGCAUUUUAGUGCUUUGAUAGGCUGGAAUGAUCUCGGCAAUUCUAUCAACAGUAUGAAAAAUCCGGACAGGUUUUCUACGCUUGUUCAAAAUCUCAAAGACGGAACGGACCCGGAUGAAGCAUUUUCUACUGUCCCUUACGAAAAGGGCUCCACGUUUUUGAUGUACCUUGAGACGCUGUUGGGAGGAAAGGAAGCAUUUGACCCGUUCAUCAAACACUACUUCCGCAAGUUCGCACGUCAGUCGCUAGAUACCUGGCAAUUCUUUGACGCGCUGUUUGAGUUCUACGCAGACAAAAGAGCGCUUUUGGAAACCGUAGACUGGGAAAAGUGGUUCUUCACUCCUGGAAUGCCUCCCAAACCUGAGCUCAUCACGACCUUGGCCGACGACGUUUACGCAUUGGCUGAAAAAUGGAUAUCGAAAGCUCAGACUUGUCACAACCAGGCAGAUUUUGAAAAAUGGUUCUGUGCUGAUGACGUAAAGGAGUUCAGCUCCAACCAGAUGGUGCUUCUGCUCGACAGUCUGGUACAGGUUGUUCCACAAGCGAAAAGCGAACAGAACGUCACUUUUGACUGGUCGAAAAACAGGGCAGCCGCGCAAGCUCUGCUGGCCAUAUACCGCGACAAAAGCCUGGACUCAAGAAACGCUGAGGUUGUCUUCCGCACAUUUCGCUUCGAGAUCAUGGCGCGUAUGAGUGAAACUUAUCCAAAGCUUGCCGAAUGGCUGGGAACCGUUGGCAGAAUGAAAUUUGUGCGUCCAGGAUACAGACUCCUGAACACUGUGGACCGUGAUCUCGCUGUGAAUACUUUUGACAAGCUAAAGGACAUAUAUCACCCGAUCUGUAGAGCCAUGGUAAAGCAGGACCUCGGUUUAUAG